AAUAUUGGGAAAAAGGUUAAAUGAUUUGCCAAAGACUGCAUAAUAAGCUCAAAUGCCUUACUCUGGUCUGAUCUCCUCUCUCUUAGAUCAGUGCAAAUCACUUGAAGUCAGUGUUGAUAUACUAAUGUACAUGAGAAGCUGAUUUGGCUUUUGGUCAUUUGUCAGAUUAAAGUUGCUACCUUCUACUUAUUCUAUAAGGGUGUUUUGAGGAUCAACUAAAAGACCAAAUUCAUUCCAGCAGCCAGCAACUACACCAGGCUUGCAUUUGAAUCCUUGUCAAACAUUUGGAGAUCACGUGGCUGUACAAAAGCUCUCUGUAUUUAUUUGCAUCUUUACCCUGCCUUCUGACUGACUCCAGACUAACACACCUAUCUACCUCUCUAAAGCUUAUCACCAUAGUUAGUUAUUGCCUAUAAUUUCUGAUUUAGUUCAAAAUAUUUGUCGACCGUUACCUGACACAGCUCUCUUCUCAGUAACACCCACAGCAUUGCUGAACAGUGAAGCACAUCUUUAAAAAAUGUUCAGGGUGCUAUCGGCUACAGGCCACAUGUGGCUCAGAGAGGGAUUUUUUUUAAUCUUCUAACAUUCUUGAAGUGCUCACAGUAUAGUUCAGUGAGAGGCUUUAGCGCUGCACUUGAACUGUUAAUUUCUUUCUUGCUUACUCUCUUUGAAGAUAAGUUUGAGCCAACAUGUGGAACAGGAGCACGGCCAAGGUUCUGAGAACACAUGACUGUUCUCCUGAAAGUUUUUAAUAGGCUAUUCUAUACCCCGAGUCCAUCCCUUGUCUCUCUGAACCAUUUUGAAAAUUCUGGAUCUGUCUCACCAUUUUUUCCAAUCUUAUGCCAGCACUAUUUGUAGUUUCCCACCUGUCAUAGUGUGUAUUACAUUGUGACGUCCGUAUAGUGGUACUGCAGUGCUCACACAUUAAUAGACUAGGUAAGUGAUUGCAUAUAGCAUUUCCUUUGGCAUCAUAAUUCUAAUGUAGACAAGGAACUUUUGACUUCUGAAGUCUCUGACGUGUGCUUGCUUCAUUUAUCUGUAUCACCCUUGUGAGAUAUGUUUGAAGUUGCCCAGGCGAUAUCUGUAAAACUAAGAGUGAAGUCAGUACAGAUGCAGGAGGGUGUGAGGAGAAGCAGCUGUCCCUCUUUUGGUAGGAAUUUUAGAAGGAAGCAGGGAACUGUAAGAGCCAACUGCUCCCUUUAUUCCUGGAAGUAAUGAGCUGUGUAAUCUAGGUUUUUAUUGGCACUAGUCACUUCCAACUUCUUCAUUAUGUUGGAUGCUUCAGUAUAUGUAUGAAGUAGUACACAGAAUCCAUAUAAACACAUGUGGAGAGAGAAACCCAUUUCUUCAAAAAACUUAGCUCUAAAUGGAUGAGACAGACAGACAAGAGGCAGAAGCAAUUAUUUCCUUUGUUUUACAGAUGGGAAAUGGCAGUACAGAGAUAUUGUUCCUGGUCACUUCAAGAAGAGCAGUGAGGCCACUUAAAUCCUUUUGAACAUCUCACCUUAAGUGACUUAUUCAAGGUCAUGGAGGCCAUCCCCUCGUUUUAGGCCAACACUACUUUUGUCCCUCUCAAAAUGUUGGCAAAGGCUGGUGAUGGCAGUGCAGUCAGCAUUUUCUCUGUAGUCCUGCUCUAUGCAUUGGUAGUAUAGCCUAUAAAUAUUUCCUGCUGCACCUCAUCCACAGCUAUGUUUCAAUGGCAGAUGAAAUUAUUCCUAAAUAUAGUUUGUAAAAUGCUUUGAGAUCCUUCAACAAUGUCAGCAGUUAUUUUGAACCCAGAAGUGAAUCUUACAGCUCUGUGUGUUUCUUUCCUUAUCUCAAGGACAUUACUUCAAGAAGAAUUUAAUAAGAAUAUUAUAAAUAUCUCCAUACAAUUCUGACAGACACUGCUCCGUUCACAAUUGAAGAUCCUAACUUAGAAGUCUAAUAACAGUGUUUUAAUUUUAAACACCUUUAACUGUUUCACUGCUGAUCUUCUUAGUAGAAUCAUCAAACUAAUGACUUGUUCUUAUACAUUUGGGUUCAUUUGGAGAAACAGUCUUGUAGAAACAUGGUUGCAAAGUUUAUAUUAACAGCCCCCUUUAAAAAUCAUUAAAAUUCUGGAGCAGUGUUUCCCAACCUUUUCCAGCCCAAGGCACACUUACAUUAAUAAACAUUUUCCACGGCACACCUGUUAAGGCAUUCCCCAUCCUCAUACCUAUUGUAGCUCACUGACAUGGCAAAAUUCCAUGGCAUACCUGUUCGUUUCUGAUGACACACUUUUGUGCCACAGCACGCUGGUUGGGAAACACUGCUUUGGAGGACAAAGAAUGAGAAAGGGGUUAGUUGGUUGAAAGAUCAGGUGAACACUAGAAGUUGCAAGAGUUAAUUCUUGACAGGACAGUAAGGAAUCUGUAAGAGCAAAAAAGGAUACAAAAAUACAGUGAAAUAUGAUAAUUUCUAUUGAUUAAAAUAAUGCAGUGGGACAGGUUGUUUAAAGCUAGUGUAGGGAGGUGAAAAUUGUAUCUACUUAAUUGAGAAAAUCCUUUUGAUUCACAGGGCGUGUCUACCUGAGUGUGCAUGUGCGUUUUGCAGUACCUCAAAAACUGAUUCAGUCGGCUCAGCUAUUAAAUAAAAGCACACCAAAAAAGCCCCACUAAAGUCCCUGAUCUUUACAGAUGUUGGGCGAGCCAGGUCAUAGUAACACACUACCUAUUCUGGGCAUGCGUGAGGCUCAGUGUAGGAAUGCACUAAGUUUAAAAUAAAGUAGCAUUUUUUUUUAUAUUUGCAAAUACCCAACAACAUUACAAAUAUUGCAGUAGUGAUUGUAUAUACUAAGUGGAUUCAGUUAUUUGCAAAAAGUAUUAACCACUGCAUUCAGAAUUCCACACGACUUGGUUACCAGUGAUUUAGGGGUGGCUAACCAGAGCUAACCAGUAUGAGCAGGUACUCGGUGUAAAUGUAAUUAUUUGAGACCUGUUAUGUGAUAAGAGUAAUGACCACUGUUCUUCUCUUUCAGGUCACAUGACUAAUGCCAUAGAAUGAAAUGUAGCAUUCAUUUGCAAACCAGCAUUCUUCUGUCUCAAGUCCUUAGUAUACUAAGUUCUUUGCAUACAUUUCUGACUAUCAAGUGAAUUCUCGACCAAAAAGUUGACACUUUUUGACUGAUCCAUCAUUAAGCCUUUCCUUUAGCAACCAUUCUCUUUCAUGCCAAAGUAUUAAAUGGUAUAAUGCAAAAGUCAGGCUAAGAUGAUUUGAAUCUAGGUCUCCAGAAGUAAGACUGUUGCACUAAGCUGCUGCUUCACCCAGCCCCUUUUCCAGUCUUUCACUGCAAAAUACUAAUGGCUAACUAAACCUCUUCCUUACUAUUCCACACUGAGUAGCAGAAGGCAUCCUAUGAUUCCACACUGCAGAGAUUAAAAGGGCAAAUGAAGAUGUAGUGAUUCCACUAUAGUUUCCUCAAUAGAAACCAGUGCCCUCUUGUCACUAGAUUUCAGUCACAGAUAAUUCCCAAAUACACUGUGACAUUGUAUUUCUGUGUCACCUCCUGGUAAGAACACUACGAGCUCUUUUAAUGUUUUUUUCAACUGUGUCAGGAGAGUGGAGAGCUCUAGAGAUAUCCUUGCAGUCCUGCAAGAAGUUCCAGCCUUUUAACUAUUCCAGCUCAGCAGGGGGAACCCCCCCUCUCUGAUUGGCUACUUUCUCACAUGCCCACCUCUUGGGGUUGAGGUAGCCAAUCUGGGCUGCUUAGGAAGCAGGCAUGAAAGUGCCCAUCAAUACAGAGCAGCUCUACUCCCUAUAUGUUUGCUCAGAGAAUCAAUUUUUCUUUGCUCUUGCUUAGCCCCUUCCCAAAACACCUAGCCUGAUAAAAGGGAUGGGUGAAAGAUGCCUCUGGCUUCCUUGUCCCAUCCUGCAAAGGGGAGAGGGGACUCCACUGUGGUUAGGGAAAUGAGGGGGUUGAAUCCCAGGAGGUGAGGUUGGUAGAACUGAGGAGCAGACUGGCAAAGACUAAAAUGGGUGUUGGAGAAGAGGAUUGAUUUGGCAGUAGUGGGACAAACUUGCUGUGAUGGGUAGAUGUGUGCAGAGUGAGAGCACCUGCAGCAGGAACAAAAAGCAGAACCAUCUAUUUGAAAAAUUACAAGCUACAGCUCACACAAGAAUAGAUUUAUUUUUUCUGGAGAGACUGGUAAAACUUACAGAACAAAUUCUAAAAACAUGGGGUAUAGAUUGCCCAAAAUUUACUUACUACAAAGAUUUUCCUAACAGAAGUUUGACUAUUUUGUACCUACAAAACCUCAGACUUCUUCUCUGGUGUUUAAAGAGUAGCUAGAAAUUUGUUUUUUGCUUUAUAGUUCAUAAUUGUUUAUGAGAGGUAAGUGGGUCAACUGUAUAGUUGGGAGAGCUGUUGGACAAGCGUUCAGGAAUUAAAUCUUCCUUAGAAGUUUUCAAGAGCAGAUAAGAUGCACUUGGCUGGGAUGGUUUAGUCAGCAAUGAUCUUGUCUUGAGCAGGGGGUUUGCCGAGAUGACACUAUGAGGUCCCUUACAACCCUACUUUAUGACUGAGUGCCCUUCCUGAGGUUUAAGCCUGCAGAAGUCUGAGCUUAGAGUUAAGGAAGGGCACUUGGUGCUCAAACAUUUCUCCAGCAGCUCUCCAAAGUAUACAGUUUGCCCAAUAAGAUAUCACAAGAAGUCCUUUCUUAGACAUUUCCUGGACCAUCACAUCUACAGCAACACUCAGACCUACUAUAUAAUUAUUUACUGAAGCACAAGUGAUGAUACAGUAGUAAAGAAGAGAAUCAUAAAAUCUAUUUACAAUGUAUAUAUUUAGAUAUGUAUGUAUAAAUUGGGUUGCUUUAUGACUAUCUACUAGAGGCUCUAGCCUUCCUAAGGUAUUUGCCUUCUUGCACUAUGAUCCUAAUUUAGAAGCACACCCUUAACCUUCAACAUGGGUUCAGCUUUUGAAGUAAAUUAUGAGUGUAUCCGUGUGAUUUAGGUGAGAGAGGAAUUGGUCCAGGUAGCAUAUUUUGCUUAGACCAUUACAUGUUAAUCUUAGAUUAUAGUAAAUGUAGUAAUGUAGGGGAGUGAAGAGUUGCUGUGAGAAUGUUAAAUGUUCAUUUCCUGACUGCCUUGUGCAUCCAGAUUUGCAAUCAUAAAGUUACACUCAUAGGUUAUUUACUAUCUAUCUAGGCAUACAGGAUUUAAAUUUUUUUUCUUUAUGAAAGUCAAGUAGAAAUGGCACGGCAGCAAGUUGGAAUUUGGAUACGUGCUAUCCAAAUAAUUGCUAUUCACCAUUGCAUAUCACUCAUAUUUCCAUAUGGGAGGCCUACCACCCAAAUCUGACCUCUUAUUUGGGUUAAUCUACGACUGACUCUCAGUACAGGUUAGUAUUUUUCUACUUGUAACAGAGGGCAGAAUUAUGCCCAAUACAAACUGUAGCACAGGGAUGACUUUUGCUUUAGAUACCUGGGUAAGUGUUAGUAAUAGACUAGAUAUAGAACAAAGUAAAGCUGCCAAUUCCCAGCAGAAAUGCUGCCCUCUAGAAAACUAAAAUGAUAUGACGUGGUCAGCAUGGGAUGUGUCUGCCUGCAUUUCUAAUGACAGUCCUACCUUUCCAGUGUUUGCCUUAUAGUAUACAGAGAGUUAAGAGUUUCCUCAUUAAAUUUUCCACCAGAUAUUUGCCAAGCUCUUGCCUCAGUAGUCACCUGACUUUAUAAAUGUAUGUGUUCUCAUUUGCAGCUAGGUCUUGCCCAGGGCUAAGCAUUCUCUUUUCCCUAUUCAUUUCAGUAGGAGCUGAGGCACUUUGCUAGAUCUAGCUUUUAUUCUCUGGUUUGUGUUUCAAGCCUGCUCUAUUUAGUAAGUUAUUUUUUCUGUUGGUGUAUAUGACUUUCUGCACUGGCUCAUCAUGUCCCACUUUGCCCAUCUCCCCGUUGUAGAAAAGGAAGUGACUCAUGGGCUGGGCAGCUAUGGAAGGACAGUAGGUACCAUAUUAUAAUGCAUUGUCAGCUAGAUUUUAUUUUUAAAUGUACAAGUUGUAAUCAGCUCCCUGACCUCAAAAUGCACCCACCAAAAUAAAAAAAGAUAUCCUACAGUUCUUAUAUACCAUAACACAUGCAUUUACACACAGUUAUACACAUACACAAGCACACAUACAUACGCACUAACACAAGAGAUGUUAAUGCAAGCCACAGAACCACUGAAGAGAUACUGUACAUAGAGGUGAUAUUUUUUUAUAAUGAGCCUUCCCUCCUAUAGAUAAAACUUUGCUUUUCACUGCCCAUAAAACACUGAAAUGUAGUUGUGUAACUUAUUAAUAGCACAUCAUAGCAAAGACAAAAAUUGCACCCGCUUCUUUAUAUCGAUGGAUCAUCCUGCUUCAGCCAAUCAGGCUGGACAGCUGCCUCGCAGCUUGCAAACAGGGGACAGAGAGAGGGGAGGAUGUUCCAGGCUGCUGAGCCAUGUGACAGCCAGUGGGGAUAAUAGGCAGCAGCAAUGAGCUGGAGCCGGAGCUUCUCUGGGGACUCAGCCACAGGGACCUGCGGCAGCAGCAAGGAGGGAGGGAGGGAGUGGAGGUCACCACAGAACAGGCACAGAACUGAAUCUGAUCCUUAAGCAACAUGAACCAGAUAGAAACAACCAUGCAGUACAACUACCAGUACGAAGAGGACGAAUACAUGAUCCAAGAGGAAGAAUGGGACAGAGACCUGCUUCUGGACCCAGCAUGGGAGAAACAGCAAAGGAAGACAUUCACAGCCUGGUGCAAUUCCCACCUCAGGAAAGCAGGCACGCAGAUCGAGAACAUCGAAGAGGACUUCAGGAAUGGCCUUAAAUUGAUGCUUCUCUUGGAGGUCAUCUCAGGAGAAAGACUACCAAAGCCAGACAGAGGAAAGAUGCGCUUCCAUAAAAUAGCUAAUGUCAACAAAGCCCUGGAUUUUAUUGCCAGCAAAGGAGUGAAACUUGUAUCAAUUGGUGCAGAAGAAAUUGUUGAUGGCAAUGUGAAAAUGACCCUGGGUAUGAUCUGGACUAUCAUCCUUCGCUUUGCUAUUCAGGAUAUUUCAGUAGAAGAGACCUCUGCUAAAGAAGGGCUGCUGCUGUGGUGUCAAAGGAAAACUGCUCCUUACAGAAAUGUGAACAUUCAGAACUUCCACCUCAGCUGGAAAGAUGGCCUUGGAUUAUGUGCACUUAUCCACAGACACCGACCUGAUCUUAUUGACUACUCCAAGCUAAAUAAGGAUGACCCUCUAGGAAAUAUAAAUCUUGCAAUGGAAAUUGCAGAAAAACAUUUGGAUAUCCCUAAGAUGUUGGAUGCAGAAGAUAUUGUGAACACUCCCAAACCUGAUGAGAGAGCUAUCAUGACUUAUGUCUCCUGCUUCUACCAUGCUUUUGCUGGAGCAGAGCAGGCUGAGACUGCAGCUAAUCGGAUAUGCAAGGUACUUGCUGUGAAUCAAGAAAAUGAAAGAUUGAUGGAAGAGUAUGAACGGCUAGCAAGUGAGCUCUUAGAAUGGAUUCGUCGCACAAUCCCUUGGCUGGAAAACAGGACCCCUGAGAAAACCAUGCAGGCCAUGCAGAAGAAACUAGAGGACUUCCGAGACUAUCGUCGCAAGCACAAGCCUCCCAAAGUCCAGGAAAAAUGUCAGCUGGAGAUCAACUUCAACACCUUACAGACAAAACUGAGGAUCAGCAACAGGCCGGCCUUCAUGCCAUCAGAGGGGAAAAUGGUUUCAGAUAUUGCUGGUGCUUGGCAAAGACUUGAACAGGCUGAGAAGGGCUAUGAAGAAUGGUUGCUGAAUGAAAUACGAAGGCUGGAACGACUUGAACACUUGGCUGAGAAAUUUAGACAGAAAGCUUCUACUCAUGAAACUUGGGCAUAUGGCAAAGAGCAGAUCCUACUGCAGAAGGAUUAUGAAUCAGCUUCACUGACUGAGCUCCGGGCUUUGCUGAGGAAACAUGAAGCUUUUGAGAGCGACCUGGCUGCCCACCAGGAUCGAGUGGAACAGAUCGCUGCCAUUGCCCAGGAGCUGAAUGAACUGGAUUACUAUGAUUCUGUAAGCGUCAAUGAUCGAUGCCAGAAGAUAUGUGACCAAUGGGACAAACUGGGAACACUUACUCAGAAAAGGAGAGAGGCAUUGGAGAGGACAGAGAAGUUGCUGGAAACAAUUGAUCAGCUUUACCUGGAAUUUGCCAAGAGAGCUGCUCCUUUCAACAACUGGAUGGAAGGCGCAAUGGAAGACUUACAGGACAUGUUUAUUGUUCACAGCAUAGAGGAAAUUCAGAGUUUAAUCACUGCCCAUGAACAGUUUAAAGCCACUUUGCCAGAGGCAGAUGGUGAAAGACAGGCUAUCCUCUCAAUCCACAAUGAAGUUGAGAAAGUUAUUCAGAGCUACAACAUGAGAAUAAGUUCAAACAAUCCUUACAGCACUGUCACUUUGGAUGAAAUCCGCACCAAGUGGGAAAAGGUGAAGCAACUUGUGCCUAUGAGGGAUCAAGCUUUACAGGAGGAGUUAGCUCGUCAGCAUUCUAAUGAACGUCUUCGUCGCCAAUUUGCUGCUCAGGCCAACGUCAUUGGACCAUGGAUCCAGACCAAGAUGGAGGAAAUUGCCCGCAGCUCUAUUGAAAUGACAGGGCCCUUGGAGGACCAGAUGAAUCAACUGAAGCAAUAUGAGCACAAUAUCAUCAACUACAAAACAAAUAUUGACAAGCUGGAAGGAGACCAUCAGCUUAUCCAGGAAGCACUAGUUUUUGAUAACAAGCACACCAACUAUACCAUGGAGCAUGUCCGUGUUGGAUGGGAACUCCUCCUGACCACCAUUGCCCGAACUAUCAAUGAAGUGGAGACUCAGAUCCUUACAAGAGAUGCCAAGGGUAUCACCCAAGAACAAAUGAAUGAAUUCAGAGCAUCCUUCAAUCACUUCGAUAGGAAGAAGAAUGGGCUGAUGGAUCAUGACGAUUUCAGAGCUUGCUUAAUUUCAAUGGGUUAUGAUUUGGGUGAAGCAGAGUUUGCCCGAAUCAUGACCCUGGUUGAUCCCAAUGGGCAAGGAACUGUCUCCUUCCAGUCUUUCAUUGACUUCAUGACCAGAGAGACUGCGGACACAGACACAGCUGAGCAAGUCAUAGCUUCCUUCAGAAUCUUAGCUUCAGAUAAGCCCUAUAUUCUCGCAGAAGAGCUUCGUCGAGAGCUGCCUCCUGAGCAAGCUCAGUACUGCAUCAAAAGAAUGCCUCCCUACACUGGACCUGGUUCUGUCUCCGGAGCUCUGGAUUACACUGUGUUUUCAUCAGCACUGUAUGGAGAAAGUGACCUGUAAUUCUGUAAUUGGCUAUAUUCACCCUAUUCAUUAAAACAAACAAACUGAUUUCCCAGAUAGCUUCUUGAAAGCUUUGACAAGCUGAUUUUAAAAUGAGUUUUUCCAAUGUAGUAGGUACAUUCAGUGUAAAAUGCUAGACGCUAAGAUAAUUAGUGCAUAUUACAGUGUGAAGCACUUUUAGGUUUUUAGUUUGUCGGUCUUACACACAACAUUAGAACGUAUUUUUAAAAAAGAUAUUAAAUUCAGAAACUUCUGUGGAGAAAACAGAAAAUAAAGCUUGUGAAAAAAAUCAAAGCUAUUAAAUUACUGACUCAAAAUAAUUUUGCCAUGUUCAAAAAUUCUUCACGCCAUAUGUGCUUCUUUUACAAUGCACAUGAAGUUGAACGUUAGGAGUCACAUUUUCUCAUACAUAUGAAAGUAUAAUUUCUGCAGGUACAGUUUAAUAAAAUACAGCUUUUCAGGGAAGAGAAAUGCCAAUCAGAUAAAAUUCUUAGCCGCUAAAAUAAUGCAAGAUUGUAUGUUUGUAUCUCUUCAAAGAUGUUUUUCUAUUGGAAUAGAAAUCUGUAACACCUGAAAUCUAAGCCAGCUGGUUGAUAAUGAGUUAGUAUAGUAUAAUGAGCAGUACUUUUCCUUUAAGCCUUUAACCUUGCAGCUGAGAGCAAACUUUUAGAAACAUAGUAAGGAAAUUAAGUCAUAUUAAUUAUAUUGUUUUGAGACCCUUACCCAUGUCUGUGUUGAGCAGAUUCUUUGUUCCCUAUUUUAUUAGUGAGCAGCUUGCAUCAUCCCAUGUGAUACAAACUCUUAUCUGUACAAGCUCAGCAUGAUUGUGCUGCAGUUUCAUCAAUGCUCAGAUUACAGUGUCUUCUGUCCAACAACAGUUCUUUUUUAUAUCCAGCUAUGGUAGUGUAGUUGGUUUUACUGUUAUUUUUUCAUCUUUUAGUGAAGCAAAACAGUAUUUUUGUACUUGAAUCCUCACAGACAUGGAGAAAUGCAGUGUAUUCAAAUAAAAACAUUCACAAAUGGUGAAAUAAAAUGAGCUGUGCAGCUCAGUCUACUAAAGCAAUGAUGUGCCUACUAAAUAAAGUCUGCUUUUCAAAACUUUA